CUUCCCUGACGUCACAGUCUUUGCUGGGAAGUAUAGGCUGUGCUGUCACACCAGUGUCAGUCUGAUGAAGAUUGGCACUCAGAUGAGAAAGGCAUCAAAGCGCAAGUUGUUGUGGGCCACAUGAACUUCUAAAAUAGGUGCCUCAUGUUCCAGUUAAAUUGAAGACGUCUCUGGAAAAAAAGAAGUAAUGUAAGAAGGGAAAGCAUUAUAUUAAGCAGAAAAGGAUGGGAUGCUGCAUAUAUGUAUUCAGACAAAAUUGAUCGACAUUCAAACAAGAAUUCCAGUUCCAGUGCCAAAAUAUAUUGAAUAGAAGAACUCAUAGAAGAACUACAGAGUCUCUAAAGCAGCAGAGGCUUCCAUUGGCUAAGUUAUGAAAACUGUUAGAGCACUUGUUUGAAUUCACCAAGCAACACGUUUCCAACCAAGCAUCUACCACAUAUAGGAACAUCUCCCCUCGCAAGAUCAGAUACAGAAUGGUCUGAAGAGAAGAGUUUGUUUUCACUUCUUGAAAAGAAACCUAACAUAUCAUAGAAAGGUAUGUGGCCUGUUAUCCAGAAUGCUUGACCCGGAAGCUGUCCUGAUUAGGGAUCUUUCAGUCAUUUGGAUGACCGUAUCUUAAAUCUGCUAAAAAAUAAGUACAUUGGAUUUUACCACCAGAACCCCAGCUAAAUAUAUAGUUGUAACGUUCAGAGCAUAAACUGUCAAGAAAUCUGUUGCUUUUAGCACAAUAACAAGGGCUCUAGAUGUGAAUCAAUCCCAUGAUGCAACAUGUGUCCCCUGCACCAGCUCUGACAAUGAUGGCCACCCAGAGUGUGCCCCCACCCCCUUACCAAGAAAGUCAGCAGAUGACAGCCACGGCGCAGCAGACUGCCAAGCCCCAACCAGUGCACCUCCCAGCAGCCUCUGCAGCAGCAAACCCAGUCCCUGGUGCACCAAUUGACCCUCAGGCACAGCUAGAAGCUGACAAGCGGGCUGUCUACAGACAUCCGCUUUUCCCACUCCUGACACUACUGUUUGAGAAGUGUGAACAGGCCACCCAGGGCUCUGAGUGUAUAACAUCUGCCAGUUUUGAUGUGGAUAUUGAGAACUUUGUUCACCAGCAGGAACAGGAACACAAACCAUUUUUCAGUGAGGACCCUGAACUCGACAACCUAAUGGUAAAGGCUAUCCAGGUUCUACGUAUCCACCUGCUAGAGCUGGAGAAGGUCAACGAGUUGUGUAAGGACUUUUGCAACCGAUAUAUCACAUGUCUAAAAACCAAAAUGCACAGUGAUAAUUUGCUCAGGAAUGAUUUAGGUGGACCAUAUUCCCCAAACCAGCCCUCCAACAGCAUACAUACACAGGACAUGUUACAGAUCUCUCCAAACUCUAUGACUGGUCUAUCCAAUAACCCACAGGGGAUUGUUGUCCCUGCCUCAGCACUGCAGCAAGGAAAUAUCUCUAUGACAACAGUCAACUCCUCUCAAGUUGUAUCAGGUGGGGCUCUCUAUCAGCCAGUUACCAUGGUAACUUCCCAGGGUCAGGUAGUAACCCAAGCUAUCCCACAGGGAGCCAUACAGAUCCAGAAUGCACAGGUUAACCUGGAACUGACCUCCCUGCUUGACAGUGAAGAUAAAAAGUCUAAGAACAAGCGUGGAGUCCUGCCAAAGCAUGCUACCAAUAUUAUGCGCUCUUGGCUUUUCCAGCAUCUGAUGCACCCUUACCCAACAGAGGAUGAGAAGCGGCAAAUAGCAGCACAGACAAACCUUACACUAUUGCAAGUCAACAACUGGUUCAUCAAUGCAAGACGGCGCAUUCUCCAACCAAUGUUAGAUGCCAGCAAUCCUGACCCUGCACCAAAAGCAAAGAAGAUUAAGUCCCAGCAUCGGCCAACUCAAAGAUUCUGGCCCAACUCUAUUGCAGCAGGCGUUCUGCAACAGCAAGGAGGGUUACCUGGUACUAAUCCUGAUGGUUCUGUCAAUAUGGAAACCCUACAGUCACUUUCAUCGGACUCCCUUACGAUACAGCAGGCUAUGAUGGCAGCUAAUGAUGACUCAUUGGAUGGUACAGAAGAGGAUGAAGAUGAAGAAGAAAUGGAGGAGGAUGAACUGGAGGAUGACAGUGAGGAACUUCAGACAACAAAUGUUAGUGACCUUGGUUUGGAUCACAGUGACUCCCUCGAGUAGUAUAACUUUAAUCAGAUGGAGAAAACAAGGGGGAUUAGAGGCGCACUUUGCAUUGAUCUGGUGCAUACAUAGCCUUGGAAUAUCUUUAAAUAUUCCCCCUACCUUUCUUAUCAAUCAUGGAACUGACUCUCCAUUAAUCUAUUGCUGAAACAUUGAAGGUGGGAAAACAACUCAUCUGCUAGCACACAAGGUGGAAUAGAGCUUGCCAAAGUAGGACAAAAGUCUAUCACUGUAAGAAGAACUGAUGAAUUCCUUUCUUUUCCCUAAAUCAGACGAUUUGAAAGCUGGAACUCCCUUGUAAAAUGCGAUCCAUGUUGACCAUUCUGGAAACAGAAAAAUGCAAAUAUCCAUUACUUUCAUACUUGCCUGCUUGUAUCAUUGUUUCCUGGCAGGGACUUUACUAUUUUAUGGACAAAGCAAUUGUGCAGUCUUUUUAUUUAAACAAAGGACACAUGUUUACACAGCCACAUAUUGUGGUUACUUUGUUUUGUUUGUCUUUUAAAGAACUUAACAUGUUUUUAGGCAAUGCUUUUUCUGUAUCAAUACUGAAAGCUAUUUGAAUGUUAACGUUUAUAAACUGUGCGUGUGUGUGUGUACAAACAUACACAUACAUACACAUACAUAUAUGCACAGAUGGAGAGUAGUGUAUGGAUAUUCUGAUAUUUGUCAAACACUACACUCCAUCUCCAUAUAAUGUACAUGAAAUACACACACAUUUCUUUCAGGAGGCUGGUACUAAAAUCAUUGAUAAUUUUCAGAGCUACUUUUGUGUGUAUAAUUACCAAACUGCAUCCCUCAACCUUUCAAAUGAUGUAAUACCAGACUCAUCUAUUUUGGCAAGUUUUAUGAAAUUUCCAUAUAAACAGAGUAUGAAAUGAAGAAGGUACUCAAAUGUGUGCAUGUGUUUUCAAGCAAAUAUCUUUGUUCUGGCUCCUAAUCAUUAUUCAGUGCACAUAUUUUUAGAUUCUCUAUAUGUUUAAUAAGUUGUGGUUAUAAAUUUUAAUGUUUUGGGGUUAAGUGGGGUUGUUUGUCUAUGCAAUGUUUACUGGUCUUUAACUGACCCCAGAGUCAAAAUGCACACAUCAAACUCCCUCUUAAACGUGAAACCACUUAAGGCACAAACGUACACAAUGAUGGUGCUGGACACCAAACUUAAAAAAGCACAGCAUUAAAAUGGGUCUACAUUAAAGAAUACCUAUAGAAAAUGCCCAGUUUUGCUGCUGGUCAUGUUUAUGUAGCGGGUAGAAUAUAUUGGUUAUCCUAACUGGCUUCCACAUGUUUUGUGUUACAGAAUCCUGUUUCUUUUCUGUAAUAGGGAUAUACAUUCUGUGAAUGACACUGAAUGUGUGUCUCAACUUUGUUACAGGGAUCUUAUUAAGAAAUUGAAUGGAAUAAAACCGCAGUGGUUAGAUUCUACACUUCUAUCCAUGUAUCUUAAUAUUUCAUUUUAGGUAAUUAUGAAAAGAUUUGGGAAGAUGAAUGAAAAUGAAACCAUGACUAUAUCUAUAAUCAUGAAUAUGUCUGAUGGAUUUGAGAACAUGGGUUACAGAAUUUAAUUUUCAAGCACACAAAGCCCGAUGCUCUUUCUGGGUAGAAAUUUUUUUUACUGAUACAUUAACAUGUUCUGCAGGCAUAUGUUUAACUGCUUGGCUCUAAGUUGCAUUAUUUCACAUCAACCAGGCAUGGAGUGCUCUUAUCAAACAUGUUUUAUAGCCAAAUCAAACAUAUCUUCUGAUGGUGGAACAGUGGGCAGACUCCCUUGCAUAGAUCAAAGAUUGGACAUAUUCCAUGUCCUGUUGACCCUCAGCCGCCAAUACAAAUAUUUACUGAAAAUAAACUAAUAUUUUGUUGUUAAAUGAGA